AUGGGUGUCUUGGGCCCUUUGCCCAUCCUGGAUGUGGGGGGCCUCCUGCUCAACUGCAGCCCCAGCAUCAGCUUGGGCCGCAGCAAUUUGUGGCUUUUGAACCUCGUCUGCAACCCCAGCAUUGCGGCGGGUUUGGUCCGUGCCAAACUGAGCUGCAGCCCCAGCCUGGAGGGCUACAUCAACCUGAGCAGCAUCACCUUCAAGGUGCACCACGGCGCCAACCACAGCAUGAAGGAGGACUGCUGCGCCAACCCCAGCAUCAAGGAGGACCGCAACCCGAGCAAGGAGGACCGCUGCGCCAACCCCAGCAUCAAGGAGGACCACAACCCGAGCAAGGAGGACCGCUGCGGCAACCCCAGCAUCAAGGAGGACCACCUCGCCAACCCGAGCAAGGAGGACCGCUGCGCCAACCGGAGCAUCAAGGAGGACCGCCGCGCCAACCCGAGCAUCCAGGAGGACCGCAGCAUCAAGGAGGACCGCCUCGCCAACCGGAGCAUCAAGGAGGACCGCCGCGCCAACCCGAGCAUCCAGGAGGACCGCGCCAAACUGAGCAUCAAGGAGGACCACCUCGCCAACCGGAGCAUCAAGGAGGACCGCGCCAACCCGAGCAUCAAGGAGGACCGCUGCGCCAGCCCCAGCAUCAAGGAGGACCACCUCGCCAACCGGAGCAUCAAGGAGGACCGCCACGCCAACCGGAGCAUCAAGGAGGACCUUUGCGCCAACCCGAGCAAGGAGGACCGCCGCGCCAACACGAGCCGCAAGCAGGACCACAUCAGCGCCAGCAUCGCGGAGACCAACCGGAGCCCCAGCAACAUGAACCGAUGCAUCACGGGCCUCCCGGUUCAUUGCAAUCUGAGUGGCAUCAAGCUGGCCAGCCGGCUCAUCAAGCCGCUUCGCCUCAUGCAGAUCAUCGGCCCGAUGGAGCACGCCCAAAACAUGCACAUGGAGUGCCUGAACCCCUUGAGCCACCUCGGAGCUACAAAGGCCCUUUUCAGGGCCCGCCUGUUCACCCAGCUGAGACGAGGAGCCCUGCAGAACCAGCACGCAAAGCGCCAACUGAGUGGCACGGACAAGCGCCUCCGCAAACAAAAGCGAGGCAUCGAAUCUUUUGCUGCGGUGGCGCAGGGCAAUUGCAUGGCCUGCAGGUGCUCAAUGCUAUGCUUUUUGAUUGCUGUGACUGGCUCCACAUUUGCGUUGGAGCAGCCCAGAUCAUCUUUACUGUUUCAGUACAGCCGCAUGCAAUUCCUGGCCUGUUCCGUUCCAGUCUGGCGCAUAGCCUUUUGGAUGGGCACUUUUGGAUCCAAAACACCAAAGAGGUCCUUGGUAUGGAGUAAUGCCGGUGGUAUCGGUGCCCUCUUCAGCUCUGCCCUGCUGAAUCCCAAGACCUUCAAGAAGGAUCCGAACUUUCGGCCAACGAUCAAGUAUGUCAACAAGCAAGGCAAGUCUUCCUGGCAAGGAACCAAGCAGCUCACGGAAACUGGGAAGUAUCCCAAAGCUUUUGGCCGCCGCAUUAGAUAUAUGUUUGAAACUGGGCAGCUGAAGCCAAAUGGCGAGUUUCCACUUCACGCCUCUGAGUCAGAGGCGCAAGAGGCGUUUGCUAGGGCGGGUUAUUCUGAUAUGUGCGAAGAUGGUAAUCUUCUACAGGUUGCGCGCUACCUGCGCCAGUGCAAAGGGCUUAAGGUGCCCGAAGAGUGGCGCUGCUUGCUACCUGACAAGCUUUGA